GAUGCUGCUGCGCGUGUUGGUGUUGAUGGCCGUCACCAACUUGGCGGACGCUUCUUCCAAGCUCAAUAUUCCCAAAGUGUUGCUGCCGCUCGCAAGAAGCACGAGAAUUACCUUCACUCUGGAAACUACCGAAGGCUGCUACAGAUGGUCCUCCACCAGACCUGAAGUAGCGAGCAUCCAGCCUGUGGAUGAGGACAGUGCCAGAGGCUGCUCUCGCAGGGCCGUUCUGCAGGCUCUCUCCACCCAGCCCUCCAGACUGACCAGCAUCAUUUUAGCGGAAGAUGUUGUUACAGGACAGGUUUUGCGUUGUGAUGCAAUUGUGGACAUCAUCAGCGACAUCCGGAUAGUCUCCACCACCAGAGAGCUACAUCUGGAGGACUCUCCGCUGGCGCUUAAAAUUCAUGCACUGGACUCUGAAGGAAACACCUUCAGUACUCUGGAAGGUCUGGUGUUUGACUGGACCUUAGUGAAAGAUGUGGAUGUGAAUGGAUUCACUGACUCUUACAAUUCAUUACGGGUGCUUAAAUUUUCUGAGUCCACAUACACUCCUCCUGGAUACAUAUCAGAAAUGGAGCGAGUCGGGAAACAGGGCGAUAUUAUCCUGGUGUCAGGACUGAAAACAGGACACGCCAAGCUCAAGGCCAAAAUACAAGAACCUCUGUACAAGGAUGUGGGCGCUGCCGAGGUGAGACUGCUCAUCUUGGAGAACAUCCUGCUGAGUCCUGCGCACGAUGUCUACUUGCUGGCUGGAACUUCUAUCAGAUACAGAGUCCUCAAGAUAAGACAGGGCUCCAUCACAGAGCUGUCCAUGCCCUGUGAUCAGUAUGAACUGCACCUUCAGAACAGUGUGCUUGGCCCCAAUGCAAACCCAGACGUUGCUGUGGCCAGUCUGGAUCACAGCACCUCCACAGUUACAGCUGUUCAACUGGGACACAUUAAUGUGGUGCUGGAUCACAAGAGCCUUCGAAUGCAAGGAGUGUCUCGCCUACCCAACAGCACGCUCUUUGUUGUCGAACCAGCAUACCUAGGUUUUAAAAUUCAUCCAGGAGACAGCUGGGUUCUUGAAACAGGCAGAGCGUACGAUAUUCUCAUUGAAGUGUUUGAUAAAUCCGGCAACAAAAUUUAUCUCUCUGAUAAUGUCCGCAUCAAUACUGUUUUCCCCGUGGAGUAUUUUGAGAUCCUGGAGACUUCUCUGAAUGGAUCAUACCAUCACGUCAGGGCUCUCAAAGAUGGCCUAACUCUCAUCGAUGCCACGCUGAGAGCUGUUCAGGAUGAAAGAGGAAGGGUCCAUGCGUUGGCCAACCCCGUUCACAAUGAGCAGGAUGUGGAAAUUUAUAACCCCAUAGUUCUCUCUCCCAGUAUUCUCACGUUUCCAUGGCAGCCCAAAGUUGGGGCUUAUCAGUACACAAUAAAGGCGGCAGGUGGGAGUGGAAAUUUCAGCUGGUCUUCAUCCAAUACAGCUGUAGCCACAGUGACCGUGAAGGGAGUUAUGACCACAGUCAGCGACAUUGGCGUCACUGCAAUUUAUGCUCACGAUCUACGCAACCCUCUACACUUUGGUCAAAUGAAGGUUUAUGUUGUAGAGCCUGUUGCCAUGGACUUUGCUCCUUGCCCAGUAGAAGCCAGGUUAGGCCUGGUUCUGGACCUGCCCCUCAGGAUAUUUGGCUUGCUGGAGGAGCUGGAGAGAGAGCGGGUCAUGCUAAGUGACUGCUCCCACUUUGACCUGCAGGUUGAACAGGAGAACCAUGGUGUCUUUGAAUUACUAGAUGGGAGGCUGGCUCCAGGCCAGAACCACUGCAGUGGAGUUCGAGCCAAGGCCCAGUCUCCGGGGUACACGGUGCUUACUGUCAGCUACACUCAUGGCAAUGUUCACCUCAGUGCCAAGAUCACCAUCGCUGCCUACCUUCCUCUCAGAGCAGUUGAUCCUGUGUCUGUGGCCGUGGUUACUCUGGGAUCUUCUAAAGACAUGUUGUUUGAAGGAGGACCACGGCCCUGGGUUUUAGAGCCUUCAAAGUUCUUCUGCACUUCAAGAGCUGAGGAUGAGUCCAGACUGAGCCUUACUCUGACUGCUCCUUCAUCUCACAACUACAAUCAGCACUGGCUCAGAGCGACCUGCAGGGGCCUAGGGGAGCAGGUGCUUGAGGUGACUGUGGGGAACAAGGCCAGUGUGACCAAUCCAUUUCCUGCUGUGGAGCCAGCUGUGGUCAAGUUUGUGUGUGCGCCUCCGUCACGCCUCACUCUGGUUCCAGUUUACACGAGCCCACAGCUGGACCUGACCUGCCCACUGCUCCAACAGAACAAACAGGUGGUCCCUGUUUCAAAUUAUCGUAACCCUAUUUUGGACUUGGCUGCCUUUGAUCAACAAGGGAGGAAGUUUGACAAUUUCAGCUCUCUGAGCAUGUUGUGGGAGUCCUCAAAGCAGUCCCUGGCCAGUAUCGAGCCCAGUAUGCCCAUGGAGCUUCAACAAUUGGAAGAUAACAACAAACAGAUGAAACUCCAUGGCCGUCAGACAGUUCUCGUCCACCAGCAGACAGGAGUAGCUGCCAUCACAGUAACAGCUCUUGGAUAUCAGGUUCCACAUCUUGCAGCAGCUAAAGUUCCCAGUCCAUAUGACCCUCUGACGCCUGUCUCUGCCACACUGGAGCUUCUGUUGGUCGAGGAUGUGAAGGUUUUUCCUGAUACUGUGACCAUAUACAACCACCCAGAUGUGCGGUUGAAUUUGGCCUUAAAAGAGGGUUCAGGUCACUUUUUUGUCAAUACCAGUGUGAAGGGGAUUGUGAAGGUGGUUCUCCGUGAGGCCCAAAGCACAGCUCAGGUUUCUCCAGUCCUGCCAGGCACGGUGAAAGUGAUGGUUCAUGAUCUCUGUCUGGCUUUUCCAGCUCCUGCUAAAGCCACCGUUCAUGUUUCUGACAUCCUGGAGGUUUAUGUAAGAGUGGUUGACAAGGUUGAGAUUGGCAAAUCUGUAAAAGCUUACGUCAGAGUCUUGGAUGAUAAUAAGAAGCCUUUCUCGGCCAGCUAUUUCCAAAACAUGAACCUUAAACUCACCGCAGCGUCUGCUAUUAUUUCUCUUUGGCCAUUAGCAGAGUCCACAGAAAGUGAUACAGCAGUGUAUCUGGUGAAAGGAGCUGUUAUUGGUCAGACCACUCUGUCCGCUGUUGUUGUGGAUAAAACUGGUAGAAAAAUAGCCUCUGCACCCCAACAAAUUGAGGUCUUUCCACCGUUCAAACUCAUCCCAAGGAAAAUGACUCUGUUAAUUGGAGCGACGAUGCAGAUCACAUCUGAGGGUGGUCCUCAGCCUCAGUCCAAUAUCAUUUUCUCCAUUUCUGAUGAGGAGAUCGCUUCUGUUAAUGCUAUGGGCCACGUCAGGGGCGCUGCUGUCGGGAACGUUACGGUGACGGGGCUGGUCCAGGCUGUCGAUGCUGAGACUGGGAAGCUCGUCGUCGUAUCUCAGGAUCAAGUAGAAGUCGAGGUCGUGUUUUUGACGGCCAUUCGAAUCAGAGCGCCUAUCACAAGAAUGAAGACAGGAACACAGAUGCCUGUUUAUGUGAUGGGGCUGACCAGCAGUCAAACACCCUUCUCCUUUGGAAGCGUUCUGCCGAGUCUCGCCUUCUACUGGUCCACCACCAAGAGAGACAUUCUGGAUAUCCAGCCCAGGCACUCAGAGACCAACAUUAACCUUCAGCCGGAGCACAACUUUGCCAUGAGAGUAAUGGGAAGGCUGAGGGGUCGGACCGGGCUGAAGGUGGUUCUCAGAGUUACUGACCCAAAGGCACGUCAGCUGCAGGGGAACCUACAAGAGCUUAGCGAUGAACUCCAGAUCCAGGUCUAUGACAAGCUGCACGUGCUCAACCCUCAAAUAGAGGCUGAGGAGUUACUGAUGGCUCCGAACUCCGCCAUCAAACUCCAAACUAACAGAGACGGUGUGGGUGCACUCUCCUACCGGAUGCUGGAUUGCCCUGACCAGGUCAUUGUUGCUCAAGUUGAUGAUAAGGGCUUCCUCUCUGCUGGCUCUCUCACCGGCAUCUCUUCUCUGCUGAUCACCUCACAUGAGACCUUUGGUGUCAAUCAGACCCUCAUCCUCACCGUAAAGGUGGUCCCUGUGUCCUAUGUCCGCUUCAGCACCAGUCCUGUGCUCUACACCCACACAAGAGAGGGCCUGGCUGCCUUUCCCCUGGGAAUACUACUCACCUUCACUGUGCACUUUCAUGCUAGCACAGGAGAGGCCAUUCACAGCUCGAACGCCCACCUUACGUUUUCUACGAACAGAGAUGACCUUGUGCAGGUGGGGGUUGGCCCCUCUAAUCACACUCUGUCAGUGAGAACUGUCAACGUAGGUCUGACGCUUCUUUCAGUGUGGGACAGUGAAAACAUGGGCGUGGCAGACUAUGUCCCACUUCCUGUCCAGCACGCCAUCUACAUGGACGAGUCCAACAAGCUGGUGGUGGGAGACGUGGUCUGCUUUCAGGUCCAGCUAACGAGCCCAGAUGGUGUUUCUGGUACAUGGCGCUCCUCUGCAGACAGCGUUCUUCAGGUGGACUCCAGAAGCGGCGCGGCCGUAGCCAGAGACUCUGGGACGGUCACCGUGUACUAUGAAAUACCUGGCGUUUUGAAAACGUACAGAGAGGUGAUUGUGGAGGCACCAACGAGGACCUCAGCUAUGGCUCAGGCUUCACCCGUCAGGCCCGGCAAGGAGACCAAGGUUCAUCUUACGACCCGAGAGAGAGGAACCAACCUCAUUGGAACCUGUUCUCCAGCCCAGAUGGAAGCUGUUUCACAGCUGCAUCCAGAAACAUCUGUAAGCUGUCAUCUCAGCUUCACCGGUGACACUGUUGACUUCUCUGCUAAUGAUGUCUUCAAAACACAAGUCGGCUUCGACUCCAGCACCGGCCUCUACACGUGUUCUGUGACCUUGCAGCCUAUGACUGACCAGCAGACCCGUGUGCUCAGCUUGUCCAUGACCAACCUGCUGGUGAAGGCAGGCCUGUUAGGCAGCGUCUUCACCGGGGAACAAGUCAGCACCAGGCUGCCCAUAGAGCCGAGCCUGUACUCGGACCAGACCGAGCUGCUGCUCUCAAACAUGCACCCGUCUGCCGAGUUCACCGUUUAUGGACCCAUCACCACCCUGUUGAACAUGGAGGUGGUGUCUGCCUCUCCGAGCAUUGUAGUUCAAGAGAAGGAGGUCCACCAUGGCUACCCCAGCUACUCAAAGUACACCGUUAGUGCUGUGAACCCCCAGCCAGACUCUCCAGCUUCUGUUACUAUAAGCAGCUCCUCCUCUGGCCAGAGUUUUGUCAUCCCAGUCACUUUUGUUCAUGUAGCUGAUUUCAGCACAGCCAAGCAAGCAGCAUCUUCAGCUGGUGUCAUGGAGGAGGGCCACUCUCUGCACAGCUUCAUAAACUCGUACCAGAUGAUGUUCUGCACCUUGUUUGCUCUGCUGGCUGGUACAGCUAUAGUCAUCAUCGUCCUCCACUCGCUGUUCUCUCCAAAGGAACCAGCGUAUCACCCCGCGUUCAUCCAGAGGACACCACCGCCCGUCACAGGGUUUGACUCUCCGUUAACAAAUUCCUUCAACCACGCGCUCCCAAGGACCAGCCCGAGCAGCAGUCCUAGACCACGUCUCUACUCUCCAGACUACAAAUCCUGAUGAGCUGCUGUGUUCACCAUGACAACACC